AUGGCAAUGUCUCUCAUCCAAGCGUGCCGCAGCCUGGCUCUCUCAACAUGGCUGCUUUCCUUUUGUUUCGUGCAUCUGCUCUGCCUGGACUUCACCGUGGCCGAGAAGGAAGAAUGGUACACCGCCUUCGUGAACAUCACCUACGCCGAGCCCGCGCCGGACCCCGGGGCCGGGGCGGCGGGCGGCGGCGGCGGCGGCGGCGGCGGCGGCGGCACCACCGCCGCGCUGCACACCGAGAAGACCGAGUGCGGGCGCUACGGGGAGCACUCGCCCAAGCAGGACGCCCGCGGGGAGGUGGUCAUGGCCAGCUCGGCCCACGACCGCCUGGCCUGCGACCCCAACACCAAGUUUGCCGCCCCGGCGCACGGCAAGAACUGGAUAGCCCUCAUCCCCAAGGGCAACUGCACGUACAGGGAUAAGAUCCGGAACGCGUUCCUGCAGAACGCCUCCGCCGUGGUCAUCUUCAACGUGGGCUCCAACACCAACGAGACCAUCACCAUGUCCCACGCAGGUGUAGAAGACAUCGUGGCAAUAAUGAUUCCUGAACCCAAAGGGAAGGAGAUAGUAAGCCUGCUGGAGAGAAACAUCACCGUGACGAUGUACAUCACCAUCGGAACCCGGAACUUGCAGAAAUACGUGAGCCGCACGUCGGUUGUGUUUGUCUCCAUCUCCUUCAUCGUCUUGAUGAUCAUUUCCCUCGCCUGGCUGGUCUUCUAUUAUAUCCAGAGGUUUCGAUAUGCAAAUGCCAGAGACAGGAACCAGCGCCGACUGGGAGAUGCAGCAAAGAAAGCAAUCAGCAAGCUCCAGGUCAGGACCAUCAAGAAGGGUGACAAGGAAACCGAGCCUGAUUUUGACAACUGUGCAGUUUGUAUUGAAGGGUACAAGCCCAACGAUGUGGUCCGGAUCUUGCCCUGCCGGCAUCUUUUCCACAAAUCCUGUGUUGACCCCUGGCUCCUAGACCAUCGCACCUGUCCCAUGUGCAAGAUGAACAUUCUUAAAGCCCUAGGGAUCCCGCCCAAUGCCGACUGCAUGGACGACUUGCCCACUGACUUCGAGGGAUCUCUGGGAGGUCCGUCAACCAACCAGAUCACCGGCGCAAGCGACACAACCGUAAAUGAAAGCUCAGUCACUUUGGACCCUGCUGUCCGGACCGUGGGAGCCUUGCAGGUGGUCCAGGAUACAGAUCCCACCCCGCAGGAGGGAGAAAUCAUCUUCACCACCAACAGUGAGCAGGAACCAGCUAUAAGCAGUGAUUCUGACAUCUCGCUGAUCAUGGCAAUGGAGGUUGGACUGUCUGAUGUAGAACUUUCCACCGACCAAGACUGCGAAGAGGUGAAAUCUUGA